UAUAAAUUUGCCAACAUUUUCGUUGUAAAACAUAAUCAUGAAGACUUUCAUCGUUCUUGCUUUGGUCGUUGUUGCCACUUUGGCAGUACCUCAAUCUCCAGUCCAUGCAAAAUGGGCUGAAUUCAAACUGACCCACAAGAAACAAUACAGUUCCCCAAUUGAAGAAGUCAAACGUCAGGCUAUCUUCCAAGACAAUUUGGCUAAAAUUGAAGAACACAAUGCCAAAUACGCUAAAGGAGAAGUCACCUACACCAAAGCCAUUAACCAAUUCGGUGACUUGACCAAAGAAGAAUUCUUAGAAUACGUCAACCGUGGUCUUGUUACCCGACCAAAGAUGAACGAAAAACUUCGUCUUCCUUACGUCAAAUCUGGCAAACCCGCCGCUGCUGAAGUCGACUGGAGGAACACUGCCGUCACAAUAGUCAAAAACCAAGGACAAUGUGGUUCCUGCUGGAGUUUCAGUGCUACUGGAGCCGUUGAAGGACAACUCGCCAUCUCAGGCAUAGGUUUGACCUCUCUCAGUGAACAAAACUUGGUCGACUGUUCUUCCGAAUACGGAAACGAUGGUUGUAACGGUGGUUUGAUGGACAGCGCCUUCGACUACAUCCACGACAAUGGUAUCAUGUCCGAAACAACCUACCCCUACACCGGCAUGGAUGGCUCCUGCAAAUUUGACGCUUAUCAAUCCAUCACUGGUCUUUCGGGUUACUACGACCUCCCCUCCGGAGAUGAAAGUGCCCUCCAAGACGCUGUUGCCAAUCAUGGUCCAAUCGCUGUAGCCCUCGAUGCCACUGACGAACUCCAAUUCUACUCCGGAGGUGUUUUGUACGACACCACUUGCAGUGCCGAAGCCUUGAACCAUGGUGUCUUGGUUGUUGGAUACGGUUCAGAAAGUGGUUCCGACUACUGGAUCGUCAAGAACUCUUGGGGAAGUGAUUGGGGAGAACGAGGAUACUGGAAACAAGCUCGUAAUCGCAACAACAACUGUGGUAUUGCUAGUUCUGCUUCAUAUCCAGCUUUGUAAAUCGUUGAUGUAUUUAUUUCAAUUUAAAAAAAAAUAAAAAUAAAAAUUUAAAUUGCUA